CCUUCCGGGCUCUCCGAGACGCGCUGUUAAGCGCGUUUCCGUGGAGACGGGGCGGGUAGGCUCUGCUGCAGCCCACCCGGCUUCUCCGUGAGGUCUAGUAACUGCGCGAGUCCUGCGAGGCUGCGCCCGGGUGCACAGCAGGCCGCGGCUUCUCCCUGGCCCCAGAACUGCCCAUUGUUGCGCGAGGAGAAGCCGUUGCUGCCAAGAUCCAGGAUCAUGACGGGCCCUCUCGGAGACCGUCGCCCGCGGCUCCGCCCUACAGUCGCUGAAAGACUCCCGCGGUGCUGAGGGAAAGAGUGUUCAGUGAGCACAGCCUAGCAGAAGGAUGGAAGCUUAGCACAUCACCACCCGCUGACCCGUCACCUUGAUGACUUCACCGUUGGGUGCCUUCCCAGUUCAGUUCCCACAGCCUUCACUCAGUGGCCUCUCACAGAUCACCAAGAGCCUAUUUAUCAGCAAUGGCGCGGCUGCCAACAACAAGCUGCUGCUGUCCAGCAAUCACAUCACCACGGUCAUCAACGUCUCAGUAGAAGUUGCAAACACCUUCUAUGAGGAUAUCCAGUACGUGCAGGUGCCCGUGGUCGAUGCGCCCAUCGCACGCCUCUGCGAUUUCUUCGACCCCAUUGCCGACCACAUCCAUUCCGUGGAGAUGAAGCAGGGCCGCACGCUGCUGCACUGUGCCGCUGGUGUGAGCCGCUCGGCUGCUCUGUGCCUUGCCUACCUCAUGAAGUACCAUGCGAUGACCCUUCUAGAUGCCCACACUUGGACCAAAUCACGCCGGCCCAUCAUUCGACCCAACAAUGGCUUUUGGGAGCAGCUCAUCCAUUAUGAGUUCCGGCUGUUUGGCAAGAAUACAAUGCACAUGAUUAACUCUCCAAUGGGACUGAUCCCAGACAUCUAUGAGAAAGAGAUCCAUCUGAUGAUUCCGCUGUAAGCCAACCCAACGAGCUCCUGUACUGGGGGCAGCAGUACAGCCCUGUCAUUAACAGGACACCAAGGUCUAAACUUGAACAUUCUACUUGUGUUGCUACAGGAACACACAAGAUGGUGCUUUUUAUAAGAAAACUGAGUUGCUAUAACUUUUCACCUCAUAGUCCACAGGUUGGUGGUACAUGCCUGUAACCUUAGAUGGCUGAAGCGGGAAGAUUGCGAGGUGAGUUUGAGGCCAGCCUGGGCUACAUAGUGAGACCCCGUCUCAAAAAAACCAAACAAACAAAAAACAACAAUUACUGUCUUGUAAUCUGUGUCUUUAGAGAUUAAAUUCAUUAAUUAUAGCAUGGUGAAGGUAACUUCUGUGAGUAGUAGGUCACAACUAGUGUCUAGAGAAUGGGAGAGGCAAGUGGUGGCCAGGCCAAAGAGACCAGUGCACAGUGCGUAUGGCAGCCUUGGCAUCCUGCAGCUUUCCCCUAGAUGACCAACCCAGAGCUGAAUCUGCCAAAAUCCCACUUCAUUCAUUCCAAGCCAGAGCCUUAAGCAUCCUGGUGCUCUCCAGUGUCUCACAGUGAGUGCCAACCUACUAGCUAAGGGGCCUCCUUCUGCCUUCACCACAGUGGCCCAACUCUGGUCUUCUAGGUCAGACUUACACAGGGCUUGGAUCACAGUGGGACCCCAGAUCAGUAAUAGUCAUCAUAGAGGCCAUCCUGUCCACACACAGCCCUUUGUUUAUAUGUGUUCUCAGAAGCCUCUGUGUGAGAGAAGAAAUGGCUUAAUCUUUGCUCAUCUGAGAAGCCUUUUCCAGAGCUCCCACUGUGCAACCUACGAGUCCUGACACAUGGAUGCAGGUCCAGCUUUCUCCGACAGGCCUUAUUACAGACCAUGAGACCCAGUGUCCCAGGCUGGCUGACUGUUCAGGAGUUAUUAGGGCAGAGGUCAGGACAAGUGAGUUGACUCCAGGAGGCCCUGAAAUUCAGGGCUGCUCAGAAGCCCUGGGUGCCAGGAUCCAACUCAAGAAGGGGUUGUUGGUUUGACUUAAGACAUGUAACCCAGGCUGUGUAGCCUUGAGCUCCUCAGAUCCUUGCCUGUACUUUAGGAAUGCUGGGAUCACAGGUGUGUGCCACCAUGCCCAGCCAAGACCAGUGUUCCAGUUUGCCUUUUGUAGUAUAACACUCACCAAAAGCAGCUUGGGGAGGAAGGGGUUUAUUUGACUCACACAGUCUGUCAUGAAGAGACAUCAGGACAGGAACUCAAGGCGGGAAUUGAAGCAGAACCAAGGAGGAAUGCUGUUUACUGGCUUGUUUCCUCCCCAUGGGUUGGCUCACCCUAAUUUCUUACACAAUCCAGGACCACCAACCCAGAGCGGGAUAUACCCUCUCACAUCCUUCUGUUAGUCCAGAAGCCCCACAGAUAUGCUCACCUCAGUGGAGGUACCCUUUCCCAGGUGAUUAGUUUAUGUCAUGUUGACAAGCACUAACCAGUUAGUCUAAUCUAGAACUUUUCAGACCAUUUAUGAGGCAAACAGCAGCAGACUGCCCUGUUGGAUGGCUUGAUGCUGUACCGUGCAUCUGAAGCGCUGUAGAGGCUGUAGACCUUCUUCCCCCUGUAUUAGUCUGGUUCUCAGGAAGCAUGGAACUGGUAGGGUAAAAAUAAAAGACUUUAACUUAGCGUAUGGUAAAUAGUUGUCAUAUAUCUGCAAGGCUGAGUCUCAGCCCUUGAGGCCGGACGCUCAGCAGUGGGAACCGUGCCACAGCGUCUGUCUCUCACUGGAGAGGCCACAGUCCAUGAAGCUGGGACCUCAACAGCCCCAACCCGGCCCCCAAAGCCUGGAGAGUCGGCAGAGAGCCUGGAAACGCUGGUUCUGAUGUCAGUGGAGGAAGCAGCAACAACAGGGUAGUCCACACAGCGGCAAGUGGGAAGGCCGGGAGCACAGGUGAAGGGCUUCCCACCAGGCACCACGCGCCCCUUGCCUGAGCUGCUUCCAGAUGUGGUCCACACUUGGGUAGGUCUUCCCACAUCCAUUAUAGGCAACCAAGAUAAUUCUCCAGGUGUAGCUUCCUGUAGGUGAUUCCGAUUUAUGGCAAAUUGACAUUUAAACCAACCACCACACCCAACCUCCCUGUGCCCCAUUUUCACAAAGGGACUGCUCGGGGGUUUGGUGUGAGGCAGUCAAGGAGGGAGGAGGCAACUGUUGCUCUGGGACUUUCAGCAGGAGCAAUCCCCCGCACCCCCCAACACAAACAGCAGGUAGGUAUGACCAAGCCCAUACCAUGCAACUCUCCUGGCAGAAACAGAAAUUUUCUUUUAAAAGAGUUUUAUUUGAAUCUUUCAGUCAUUUAAAAAAACAAAAUCUGGGGGUGCAGAGAUGUCUCGGUGAUUAUAAGCAUUUGUUGCUCUUGCAGAUGACCUGGGUUGAAUUCCCAGUCCCCACCUGGCUGUGGCUCCAGUUCCAAGGAAUCUGAUGCCCUUUUCCGGCCUCCUAGGGCAGCAGGCACACAUGCAGCGCACAUACAUACAUGUAGGGAAAACACUCAUACACAGAAAGUAAAAAUAAAUCUCUCUUGAAAAGUUUAAAUUAGCAUAUAAAUUCAACUUUUGAAUUCACAAUUUUCUGGGUCACCUCACUCCCAAAUGGGACUCAAACCCACAGCCUCAUGAGUGCUAGGCAAGUGCCCUACUACCAAGUUAAUCCCCAGUCCAGUUCUUAGAGGCCUGUUUGUUUUGAGUCAGGGCUUCCCUAUGUGACUCUGGCUGGCCUGUAACUAGAUAUGUAGUCCAGGCUAACCUCAAACUCAGACCAGGCUGCCUCUCUGCCUCUGCCUCUGCCUCCUGAGUAUGCAUACCACCACCACACCCUGCUGGAUUUUAACAGGCAUAUAGAUUGACCUGACCUAUUCACCACAAAUCAGGACUGCUGCCCAAAAGAUCCUGUCACAGGUCUCUUUUGUGGUCAGACCUCAACCCAACCCUACCCCAGCCUCUGAAAAGUCAGCACAUACCUGUUGUGUGUGUAUCCCUAUGGGUUUGCCUCUGUCCAUGCAGCCUGGAGCUCACCUUUCACGAAGCCAGGGCUUUGUUCUAUGGUAUUUUGUAUGGCCAUGCCACUCUUUACUCACUGAAGCAUAUUUAGUUGUCAGGUUUAGGGGAUUAUAGAUAAAAUUACCAUAAACAUUUGCAUACAGGUUAUUGUGAGUGUGAACAUAAGUUUUCAUUUCUCUAGGGUAUGUACUAUAUGAUGAUGCCUUCUCACUAGGAUUGAAUGAAAACUAAUCAUAUUCACCCCUCAUUAUCCUCUCUCAUUCCCUUCCAGUUUUUCUGAACCCCGUUUUCUUCCCAGUAAGCCCCUCUCCAUGUUCAUGACUUUUCUGUGUAUAUAAGGAAGUGUCCAUUUUUUU